AUGCUCACAACUGCCGAGGCCGAGAGGGCACUACGUGAACUGGUUACUGGCGCGUACACGCACGAGAUCGAGGUAUCGCUCGAGGAUGCGACAGUAGAAGGUUUCCGUCCAAACGUCAAGCUUCUUCCGCACCAGAUCUCCGGCAGAUCGUGGAUGGCAGGGCGCGAGUUGGGGAAGAAGAUGGGCGGGAUCCUCGCUGAUGAUAUGGGACUCGGGAAGACAAUUCAGACCAUAACAAGGAUUGUCGAUGGUCGUGCUACACAGCAAGACAAGAAAGAGGGUUGGUCGCCCACCACUCUAGUAAUUUGCCCAGUAGCUGUGAUUUCACAAUGGGCGAGUGAGAUAAAGAAGAUUGCCGUCGGCCUGACCGUCAUCGAGCACCAUGGCGCGAGUCGCACAAGUGAUCCCAAGGUUCUCGGGAAAGCGCAUGUGGUGAUAACGUCGUAUUCUACCGUGACAUCAGAAUACAAUGCAUAUAAUCCCGCAUCAGACGAGGGCAGCUCGUCGAGGAAGAAAGGCAAGAAGCAGAGCUUGGACGACUCAGAUGACGACUCCGUUAUCUGCAAAACGCAGAUCAAAACGUCGAGGAGGAAGGAAAAGGAUGCUAUCUUCCGUGUGCGGUGGUGGCGUAUUGUGCUCGACGAGGCGCACAAUAUCAAGAACCGGAAUGCCAAGAGCUCUAUCGCUUGUUGUGCAUUGGAGGGGAAGUUCAGAUGGUGCCUAACUGGAACUCCCAUGCAAAACAACGUAGAGGAGUUAUUUCCGCUCUUGAAAUUCCUCAAGAUCCGGCCACUCAACGAGUGGCACACGUUCAACGAGCAAAUUGCGAAGCCUGUCAAAGCGAACCGGACGGUGCGGGCGAUGAAGCGCCUUCACGUCGUGUUGGGUGCCGUCAUGCUGCGACGUACCAAGGAUACCUUAGUGAACGGCAAGCCCAUCCUGACAUUACCAGAAAGAGUCGUGGAGAUUGUGGACUGCGAGUUCGAUGCGGACGAACGUGCGUUCUAUAACACUGUCCAGGACCGGGUGCAGUCGAGCCUUGAGGCGUUGGAGAAACAGGGCGGAGCUGCGAGAAACUACACGUCCGUGCUCGUUCUCCUCCUCCGUCUCCGGCAAGCAUGUAAUCAUCCGUCGCUCGUCUCCGCGGACUAUGUCAGGGAUAAGGAGGCGGUGGAGCCAAAGCAGGCGAAAAGCCAGGACGAUGAGGAGGAGGAUGCAGAUGAGCUUGCGGAGCGUCUUGCUCUUAUGGGCAUCGCGACAACCAAACGUUGUCAGCUCUGUCAGACGCUGCUCAACACGGCCAACACUGCCAAGUCUGACACUUGCACAUCUUGUGCUGCUGUGGUCGCUAAAGCUCGCACCAAGAGCCGCCGUGACUCAGACCUCCCACCCGACUCGACCAAGAUCCGCAAAAUCCUGGAGAUCCUGCAAGAGAUCGACGAGCUGUCGGAGGGGACAGAGAAGACGAUCAUUUUCUCGCAGUUCACCUCUAUGCUCGACCUCAUCGAGCCGUUCCUCCGUGCGGAGAAGAUCAAGUUUGUUCGCUACGAUGGUACCAUGAACAAGGCCGAACGCGAGUAUGCGCUCGAUCGUAUCAAGGAAAGCCGGUCGAUCAGGGUAAUACUUAUCUCGUUCAAGGCCGGUUCCACAGGUUUGAACCUUACAUGCUGCAACCAUGUCAUACUCGUAGAUCCAUGGUGGAACCCAGCUCUGGAGGACCAAGCCUUCGAUCGUACCCAUCGUUUCGGCCAGACUCGCGACGUUCACAUUCGGAAACUUUGUGUGCCAGAUACCACUGAGCAGCGCAUUCUCGAGCUUCAAGACAAGAAACGAGCGCUUGCGAAAGCCGCUCUCUCCGGUGACAGGAUGAAGAACAUGCGCCUUGGUGCUGACGAGCUUAUUGCCUUGUUCAAGCCGGGAGGGCGUGACGACGACGAAGAUUGA